AUGCACAUCUCCAAAGUGUCCAGCGAGCCUGAUGGCAGCGACCGGGAGAGUCUGCUGGUGGCAGUUCUGAGAGAAGUCAAGUACUUGGGCUUCCAGCAACAGAAAGAGAUUCCAAGCAGCGCCGAGAAUCUGUUCUCACAACAUGAAACCUUCCGGAAGUUUGUGGGCAACUUGGAACUCAUCGUUGGCUGGUACAAUGAGAUAAAGACCACGGUGAUGGAAGUAGAAUCUCCACUAAUAAAGUCGGAACUGGAAGACAUCGAUGUCAAACUACUGAGUGCUGAAACCACGCUCUUCUGGAACAGCGAAGGUGUGUUAGAAUAUAUUCAAGAGAUGCGAGAAAUUCUCCAAAACUUGCAGAAUAGGAUACAGAAAGCAAAGCAGAAUACAGAUGGGAUUUCUCAAGCCAUGAAGGACUGGUCAGCCAACCCAAUGUUUGAGAGGAAGGACAAUAAGAAGGAGGCCCUGCUGGAUUUGGACGGAAGGGUGGUCAACCUCAACAGGCGCUACACUGUGGUCAAGGAGGCCGGCCUGAAGAUUCAGGCCAUGGUCAUGGAAAAUGCUGAACUGUUCAGAGCAGAUACGAUGAGCCAGUCCUGGAAAGACUACGUCAACUAUGUUGACAACAUGGUCCUGGAUGAAUUUGACCAUUUCAUCCGCAAAUCUCUGAAUUACUUCAUAGACAACAUGGUCUUGGAUGAGAGCGUGGCGCCACUCUUUGAGGUCCGCAUGGAGCUGGAAGAGGACGGGCUGGUCUUCCAUCCAUCCCUGGAGAUGGGCGCGGACCAUGGCUUCCUGACGCUGAUUGAGGGCCUGAUCAAUGACAUCUACAACGCAGCCAAGUUCAUCCCCCGGCUGGCCAAGGGCCAAAUGAGCUACAAGGCAGACCUGGAAGACAUGACGGACCUCAUAGAGAUGAGGGAGGAGAUGUCCAACCUGGUCAUCAGCGCCAUGAAGGAGGCUGAGGAGUACCAGGACUCCUUCGAGAGGUACUCCUACCUCUGGAUGGACGACCCCCAGGAGUUCAUGAAGAACUUCCUGAUCUACGGGCGUGCGGUCACCCCGGAGGACUUGGACACCCGGGCUGAAGAGACCCUCUCCAAGACGCCACCCAGCCUCACCCAGUUCCAGCAGCAGAUCGAUUCCUACGAGAAGCUGUACGAGGAAGUGUCCAAGUGUGAGAACACCAAGGUGUUCAACGGCUGGCUGCAGUGUGACUGCCGCCCCUUCAAGCAGGCCCUCCUCAACAUCAUCAAGCGCUGGAGCUUGAUGUUCAAGCGACAUCUGAGCGACCACGUCAUCAGCAGCCUGGCUGACCUGGAAGCCUUCAUGAAAGUCGCCAGGACGGGCUUAACCAAGACCCUCAAGGAGGGAGAUUACGACGGUCUCGUGGAGGUGAUGGGUCAUCUGAUGAAGGUCAAGGAGAGGCAGGUGUCCACGGACAACAUGUUUGAGCCCCUGAAGCAAACCAUUGAGCUGCUCAAGACCUACGGGGAGGAGAUACCGGAAGAGACACACCUGAAGCUGCAGGAGCUGCCGGAGCAGUGGACAAACACCAAGAAGCUGGUGAUCCAGGUGAAGCAGAACGUGGCGCCCCUGCAGGCCAGCGAGGUCAACAUCCUGCGGCGGAAGUGCCAGCAGUUCGAGCUCAAGCAGCAGGAGUUCAGAGAGAAGUUCCGGCGAGAAGCCCCGUUCAGCUUCACCGACCCCGACCCCUACAAGUCCCUGAAUAAGCAACAAAAGAGCAUCGCGUCCAUGGAGAGCACCAUGGAGGCCCUGUGCAAGUCCGGGAGCCUGUUCGAAGUCACGGUCCCAGACUACAAGCAGCUCAAAGCUUGUCACAAGGAGGUCCGCCUGCUGAAGGAGCUCUGGGACAUGAUCGUCAUGGUGAACACCAGCAUUGACAACUGGAGGACCACCAAGUGGAAAGAUAUCAACGUUGAGCAGAUGGACAUAGAUUGUAAGAAGUUUGCCAAAGACGUGAGGUCUCUGGACAAGGAGAUGAAGAGCUGGGACGCCUUCGUGGGGCUGGACAACACCGUGAGGAACAUGAUCACAUCCCUGCGCGCCGUGAGCGAGCUGCAGAACCCCGCCGUCCGGGACCGUCACUGGCAGCAGCUCAUGCAGGCCACCCAGGUGAAAUUUGAAAUGUCAGAUGAGACUACCCUGGCAGAUUUACUGCAGCUGAACCUCCACAAAUACGAGGAUGAGGUCCGAAAUAUCGUUGACAAGGCUGUGAAAGAGUCUGGGAUGGAAAAGGUGCUGAAAGCCCUGGACGCCACGUGGUCCACCAUGGAGUUUGAGCACGAGCCACACCCACGCAUGGGCACCAUGAUGCUCAAGUCGGACGAGGUGCUGGUGGAGACCCUGGAAGACAACCAGGUGCAGCUGCAGAACCUGAUGAUGUCCAAGUACCUGUCCCACUUCCUGAAGGAGGUGACGAGCUGGCAGCAGAAGCUGUCCACGGCGGACUCCGUCAUCUCAAUCUGGUUUGAGGUCCAGAGGACCUGGAGCCACCUGGAGAGCAUCUUCAUCGGCUCCGAGGACAUCCGCGCCCAGCUGCCAGAGGACUCCAAGCGCUUUGACGAAAUUGACAUGGAGUUCAAGGCCCUGAUGGAAGAGGCGGUGAAAACCCCCAACGUGGUAGAAGCCACCAACAAGCCUGGUCUCUACGACAAACUGGAGAAUCUGAAGAAGAGGUGGGUCCCCGCGCCUGGCCCCACGCCUGGCCCCGUCCCUGCCACCAGGAGGCGUCCUGGCCUUUUCUCCACCAUAAUGCGGGAUCUGGCCAACAUCACUCAUGAUGGCCCCAAGUGGAUUGUCUUGGAUGGAGACAUAGACCCAAUGUGGAUUGAAUCUCUCAACACUGUGAUGGAUGACAACAAGGUCCUCACCCUGGCCAGCAAUGAGCGAAUCCCCCUAAACCGCACCAUGAGGCUGGUGUUCGAGAUCAGCCACCUGAGGACGGCCACCCCUGCCACCGUCUCCAGAGCCGGCAUUCUUUACAUCAACCCCGCAGAUCUGGGGUGGAACCCGGUGGUGAGCAGCUGGAUUGAGAGGCGCAAGGUGCAGUCUGAGAAGGCCAACCUGAUGAUCCUCUUCGACAAGUACCUGCCCACGUGCCUGGAUAAGUUGCGCUUUGGGUUUAAGAAGAUCACGCCCAUACCGGAGAUCACGGUCACCCAGAUGAUCCUGUACCUGCUCGAGUGCCUCCUCACAGAGAAGAACGCGCCACCCGACUCCCCCAAAGAGCUGUACGAGCUCUACUUUGUGUUUGCCUGCUUCUGGGCUUUCGGGGGAGCCAUGUUCCAGGACCAGCUUGUAGAUUAUCGAGUCGAGUUCAGCAAAUGGUGGAUCAAUGAAUUUAAAACGAUCAAGUUCCCCUCGCAGGGAACGAUCUUCGACUACUACAUAGAUCCUGACACUAAAAAGUUCCUGCCGUGGACAGAAAAAGUGCCUGCCUUUGAGCUGGACCUGGACGUCCCACUGCAGGCCUCUCUGGUGCACACCACAGAAACCAUCCGAAUCCGCUACUUCAUGGACCUGCUCAUGGAGAAGUCGUGGCCAUUGAUGCUGGUGGGGAACGCGGGCACGGGCAAGUCCGUGCUGAUGGGGGACAAGCUGCAGAGCCUCAACACCGACGACUACCUAGUUCAGGCUGUGCCCUUCAACUUCUACACGACCUCAGCCAUGCUGCAGGGGGUUCUUGAGAAGCCACUGGAGAAGAAAUCCGGUAGGAACUAUGGCCCCCCAGGCACCAAGAAGCUGAUCUACUUCAUUGACGACAUGAACAUGCCCGAGGUGGACAAGUAUGGGACAGUGGCCCCCCACACGCUCAUCCGGCAGCACAUGGACCACGGGCACUGGUAUGACAGACAGAAGCUGACGUUGAAGGACAUCCAUAACUGCCAGUACGUGGCUUGCAUGAACCCCACCUCCGGAUCCUUCACCAUCGAUCCCAGACUCCAGCGCCAUUUCUGUGUGUUUGCUGUGAGCUUCCCGGGCCAGGAGGCCCUCACCACCAUCUACAACACAAUCUUGGCCCAGCACCUGGCCUUCCGCUCGGCCCCCAUGGUGGUUCAGAGGAUGAGCAGCCAGCUCGUGGCCUCGGCCCUGGCCCUGCAUCAGAAAGUCACUGCAACAUUUCUUCCCACGGCCAUUAAAUUUCACUAUGUCUUCAAUCUCCGGGAUCUCUCCAAUAUUUUCCAGGGACUCUUAUUCUCCACAGUGGAGAUCCUGAGAAUACCGCUUGACCUAGUCCGCCUCUGGCUGCACGAAGCUGAGAGGGUGUAUGGGGACAAAAUGGUUGACGAGAAAGACCAAGAAACAUUGCGCAGGGUCACCAUUGCUUCCACCAAGAAAUUCUUUGAUGAUCUUGGGGAUGAGCUCCUAUUUGCCAAACCAAAUCUCUUCUGCCACUUUUCUCACGGGAUCGGCGAGCCCAAAUACCUCUCGGUAAUCAACCUGGCUCAUCUGAACAAGCUCCUAGCGGACGUCCUAGACAGUUACAAUGAAGUCAACGCAGUCAUGAACUUGGUGCUGUUUGAAGAUGCGGUGGCUCACAUCUGCAGGAUCAACCGCAUCCUGGAGUUGCCCCGUGGGAAUGCCCUGCUGGUGGGUGUGGGCGGCAGCGGCAAGCAGAGCCUCUCACGCCUGGCCGCCUACAUCAGUGCACUGGACGUGUUCCAGAUCACCCUCAAGAAGGGCUACGGGAUCCCUGACCUCAAGGUUGACCUGAGCGCACAGUACAUAAAGUCGGCGGUGAAGAACGUCCCCUCGGUGUUCCUGAUGACAGACUCCCAGGUGGCCGAGGAGCAGUUUCUGGUGCUGAUCAAUGACCUGCUGGCCUCGGGGGAGAUCCCUGGGCUGUUCACGGACGACGAGGUGGAGAACAUCAUCUCCUCCAUGCGACCACAAGUGAAGUCCCUCGGCAUGACUGACACUCGGGAAACAUGCUGGAAAUUCUUCAUUGAGAAAGUGCGCAAGCAGCUUAAGGUGAUCUUGUGUUUCUCUCCCGUGGGCUCCAUCCUGCGCGUGCGGGCAAGGAAAUUCCCUGCCGUCGUCAACUGCACGGCCAUCAACUGGUUCCACGAGUGGCCGGAAGAUGCCCUUGUGUCCGUGAGCGCGCGCUUCCUCGAGGAAACCGAGGGCAUUCACCCAGAAGUCAAGGCCUCCAUCAGCCUCUUCAUGUCCUACGUGCACACAACGGUCAACGAGAUGUCCAAGUUGUACUUGGCCACGGAGAGGCGCUCCAAUUACACCACACCCAAAACCUUCCUGGAGCAGAUCAAACUUUACCAGAACCUGCUGGCCAAGAAGAGAAUGGAGCUGGUGGCCAAGAUUGAGAGGCUGGAGAAUGGUCUGACGAAGCUGCAGAGCACGGCGUCCCAGGUGGAUGAUUUAAAAGCCACGCUGGCGAUUCAGGAGGCCGAACUCAAGCAGAAAAAUGAGAAUGCGGACAAGCUGAUCCACGUGGUGGGCGUGGAAACCGAGAAGGUCAGCAAAGAGAAAGCCAUCGCCGACGAGGAAGAGGCCAAGGUGGAGGUCAUCAACAAGAAUGUCACAGAGAAACAAAAAGCUUGUGAAACGGACCUGGCCAAGGCCGAGCCAGCCCUCCUGGCCGCGCAGGAAGCUCUCGACACUCUGAAUAAGAACAACCUGACAGAGCUGAAGUCCUUCGGGUCCCCCCCGGAUGCCGUGGUCAACGUCACGGCUGCCGUCAUGAUCCUGACCGCGCCCGGGGGCAAGAUCCCCAAGGAUAAGAGCUGGAAAGCUGCGAAAAUCAUGAUGGGCAAAGUGGACACCUUCCUGGACUCCUUGAAAAAGUUUGACAAGGAGCACAUCCCCGAGGCCUGCCUGAAAGCAUUUAAGCCCUACCAAGGCAACCCGACCUUCGACCCCGAGUUCAUCCGCUCCAAGUCCACGGCGGCCGCGGGCCUAUGCUCCUGGUGCAUCAACAUCGUCCGCUUCUACGAGGUGUACUGCGACGUGGCCCCCAAGAGGCAGGCCCUGGAGGAGGCUAACGCCGAGCUGGCUGAGGCGCAGGAGAAGCUCUCGCGGAUCAAAAACAAGAUUGCGGAACUCAAUGCCAACCUGAGCAACCUCACGUCGGCUUUUGAAAAGGCAACAGCAGAGAAGAUCAAGUGCCAACAAGAGGCCGACGCCACCAACAGGGUGAUCUCGCUGGCCAACAGGCUGGUAGGGGGAUUAGCAUCGGAGAAUGUGCGCUGGGCUGAAUCGGUGAAGAACUUCAAAAGCCAGGGGGUCACUCUGUGUGGGGACGUCCUGCUGAUUUCCGCCUUCGUAUCCUACGUGGGCUACUUCACCAAGAAAUACCGAAAUGAGCUGAUGGAGAAAUUUUGGGUCCCUUAUAUAAAUCAGUUAAAGGUCCCCAUCCCGAUCACGGAAGGUCUGGACCCCUUGAGCCUGCUGACGGAUGACGCAGACGUGGCCACUUGGAACAACCAGGGCCUCCCCAGCGACCGCAUGUCCACUGAGAAUGCCACCAUCCUGUGCAACACGGAGCGCUGGCCCCUCAUCGUGGAUGCCCAGCUGCAAGGAAUCAAGUGGAUCAAAAACAAAUAUGGCAGUGAACUGAAAGCCAUCCGCCUGGGACAGAAGAGCUACCUGGACAUCAUUGAGCAGGCCAUUUCCGAAGGGGACAUCUUGCUCAUCGAGAACAUUGGCGAAACCGUGGACCCUGUGCUGGACCCACUGCUCGGCAGGAACACCAUUAAGAAGGGAAAGUGA